GAGCGCGCCGGGCGCGGUCCCUUUAAGGCUGAGCCCCGCCCCCCACCCCGCUGUCCGCUGCUCCCCGGCCGGGCGAGGUGAGGGGAGGUAGCGCGAGAGCGGCCGGGGCCGGGGCGGGGAAGGGGCCGGAGCCGGAGCCUGGCGCGCGCCACCUCGCGCGGAAGGAGAGACGUCCUGCCGCCCGCGCCCGCUCCCGGGCCUCGCGCCGCCGGACUGAAUCGCUCCCAACCAAAAAGAACUCCUGAAUUUUUCUAAGUCUUUGGAGGAUAAAAGAUGUGCCAUGGAAUGAUAGCACCAAAGAGCAGCCCAGGAGUGCCGCUUGCUUUGACCAGUCAUGGAUUAUUUCUUCCACUAGUUAUCUUCAGUACAUUCAUCUUAGAGAGCCAGGCCUCAGGUUACGAAACGCCUGGACACAGGAGGAGGAGGAGUGGAUGUCGUAUACCUGGACUUCAGGAAGGCCUUCGAUACGUUUGUCCCCGGCCACCAGAGCCUGAGAAUGGAGGCUACAAAUGCCACCCAACUCCGUGCAGAGAGCCUCUGAUAACUGACAGUGUCAUAGAGUAUUUCUGUGAUGAAGGCUACAUGCUGAAGGGAGGUUACAACUUCCUGACCUGUGAGAAUGGAGAGUGGAAUCCAACCAUGGAAGUUAGCUGUAGGCUCAGUGAAGACAAAGAUUCUCCCCCAACAAUUGGGGUGCCCACCUUGUCCAUCGUGGCCUCCACAGCGAGUUCAGUAGCUCUGAUCCUUCUCCUCGUGGUGUUGUUUGUUUUGCUGCAACCAAAGCUGAAGUCCUUCCAUCACAGCAGACGAGACCAAGGUGUGUCUGGGGACCAGGUUUCUAUCAUGGUGGAUGGUGUCCAAGUGGCUUUGCCGUCCUACGAAGAAGCAGUCUAUGGCAGCGCAGGGAACUGUAUUCCACCCUCGGAUUCACGGGUGCAGAUCGUGCUGUCAGAGGGAGCUGGGCAGAGUGGAGCAAGAGAGAUGCAACAGCAGCAUCACCAGCUGCAGGACCAGGGAGCUCAUAAUGGCUUCACAGGGGAGGAUGAGGCCCCAGGACGCUCUGGACUGUAUGAAGCCAGUGGCUCUCAGCGCUCUGAGACUGUUCUUGUGCACCAGGCCACCACCUCUUCCUGGGUAGCUGGUGUGGCUAGCAGCAGGCCUGUGCACCAAGAGGCUCAAGACUCAGAAAACAGUGACAUACAAAGCCUUUUAUCACUUACUUCCUCUGAGGAAUAUACAGAUGAUAUUCCAUUGUUGAAGGAAGCAUGAGGCCUGCUGCACUUGUUUAGCCUUCUUCCUCUUGGUUUCUCCUUUCUUCCUUGGGAUGCAAGCACUCUGUGCAACCUUCCCCACCCUUGCGAGCUGUGCCCUGGAUACCUCCAAGCAGAGACCCCUCAGCUCAUGAUCCAAAGGAUGUUGCCAGGUUGCCUCUUCAAUGCGCAACUGGGGUUGGUGCAGUUCUGGCCUCCCCAUUCCAUCUGCAUUAGGGGCUCAAGUAAUGUAAUGAAGUUGAGCUCUUCCCUCUUCUUCCUUCCCCCAGCCAGUUGUUUGACAGCAGUCUCUGCAGAGCUGCUAUUUACUUGUGCCUUUCUCCUUCUCACACCGGCUUGUUGCAGCUUCUCACAGGCCUCGCAAGCUCUUCUGCUGCACAGAAUGCAGGAGCCAAGAACUACUUGCUCACUGAGUGCAGACAUGGUUUAUAUAUAGGCUCUUCUUUCAGCAUCCCCCUUGCAUCUAGGACAGGACAGGAUUCCCCCGGAGUGCUGAGCCUGGGCUUGACUGAAGUUCCAGAAUGGGUAAUCUACACUAUCCAACAGUGUUCAGCAUUGUUAAGAUGAAGUGGUGCCCUCUGUUAGUUAGCUGCCCAAUAACAAGUUACUGGGUAUUGCUAGCGAUGGUAAAAACAGAAAUCUGCUGUUUCUUUACAGGUUUCUGGGGAUGCCUUCUGUCCCUUACAAAAUCCUGCUGAAAUAGCAGCAUGAUUGUAAAUCUGCAGGAUUCCACUCCAGAGUCCCAAUAUCACUCCGUAAUCCACUUGGUAUUUUUUGUGUCUAGAAGUCUGGGGCUGUGUUUUCACUAAAAACCAUUAGCAGUUCUUCCAGGGUUGGGCUAGUGUAGGGACAGCUUCAGGGGUUAAAUCUGAGAGAAUUUCUGAGCAUGGCCAGCUCUCAACAAGGCCAAAAGCAAGCAGACUGAUAGUACCACUUGGAUCCUCUGAUCUGCAUUUUAACCAAGCCUAUGCUAACUGGAGGUUAGCCGCAUUCAUUUGACACCAGCGUGUGCUAGGAUUGAGCCUUGACGUCUCCAAAGCCCUGCUCUUGAGGGCUUCAAGUGGCUUUGGCUAGGUUUACAUAGUACAUUUUCCAUCCCGAGUAGCAGCCCUCAUUCACAUUGUGCUACUCUGGAUGGGCUGCUUCCCAAACAAAGUAGUACAAGGGCAAGUUAAAUAGCACUGCUGAGUGAUGGGGCCAGUUAGCUCACCCAUGGAGCCAUGCAUAUGGGACUACAUUGCUUCUGGUUUUAAAGAGGUAGCCUACUUGGACCAUUGUGUCAGAAGGUGCUGCCACGGGGUGGGGUGGGGGAGCACUAAGGGGCCACAAGUUUGCCCUUUAGUUUACAGCCCUUGAAACUUUAAACAAAUAACAAGGACUUGUUUCUGCUUCAGCUUGUUAGCCACCACUCCCUAGAACUUUACAUGACUUUAAAACAAAAAAAUAUGUCAGGAAUACUUUCCCCUCCCUUCAUUCUGCUCCCCUUUCCACCAAGCAGCAUAAGGGCUUUUCAUAUGCCCCCUGACCUCACAAACCCUCCUAAUGUUUGAAAAAUGUGGUCAGUGGGGGAGAAAAAAACCUAGCCAGGAAAUGUUUUGGCUUUGGAGUUGGGAUCCCUGCUGACCUUGUCAGCAGUAGUGCAGUGCUGAGCAGUGUAAGGCUGGGUCAUCGCUUUCUAAAUGGUUCAAACAUCUCUUCCUGACUUCCUGCCAUCAGAGUCAUGCGGCUGUUUUAUCCCAACAGAUCUCUGAGCAUGUGUUAUAGUCCCCAUCCCACAGGCAUCUUCAUGUGUGGGAGAACAAUGUAUUUGCUAAACAUCUUUUUAAAAGCAUGAGUGAAUGCAGUGUGGUUUCCUUGCCUGGUGUUUGGGGAGAGGGCAUGGCAGGUAUUUAAACAGUGGGCUAGAGUAUAUAAGUUAGGAGUCCACCCACAAAGGUGGAGAAGGUAGGAACUUGUCAGUACAUGCUGAGGGUUGUUCUAGGUGGGGUUCCCUACAGGAAACAUACUCGCUGUGCUCAGAUUCAAUUUCAGUUCAGUGGGAGCAAUGAGAGAGAUGGCCUUACACAGCAAGUUGUAACUUAUGGGGAGACGCUACUUUUCCCAAUCAUGGGUGGACUCCACUUCUAUUUAUAAUUUCCCCCCCAGUUCUCCCUCCCACACGUGCACACAAUUAGUUCUGUGGUAUUAAGUCAGUGCUUUAUGUACCUCUUAAAAAAAAAAAAAAAAAAUUAUGACUGUAGCAGCUGAGGUUUAGCUCACUCUCCAGCAGGCAGCAAUUGGCUACAGUAUUUGUCACAAGAAUGGCUUAAGAGAUGCAAUCAAGUUCAAAAUAGUAUGUUUUUAACCAACCUUCUUUACCUGUGCUAUUCACAGCACCCUAGCUUACUGCAGAAAUUUGGCAAUCCAACUUUCCUUGUCCUGAAUGGCUUUUGUCUGUCUUUCAGUUUGAUCAGUAGAAAUUCCACUUGUCUACUCAGUUUCAUUUCCCACUUAUCUCUACUGCAGUGCUUGCAUUCCAAACAGUGCAGGGGUAAGAUUUUUCAUUUGUGCGUCGUUUGCACUGGAAUUUUAAAGUGAAAUAGGACAAAAAAAGUAGGUUUUUAAAAAUCUUUCCUUACCAAAAUUGCCUUUGAUCCAAGUUGAGCUGAGUAUGCCUGUGCACUGAUCUCACAUUUCUUAGCAAAGUGCUUGGGCAUGGCAGGAGUACAAUGCCAUUGUUUUCUGCUCUUGCAAGGCAUACAAAAUAGAAUGAGUUGUUUUAAUUAAUUGAUUGAUUGGUUAAUUAAUUGAUUGAUUGUGGUGCCUAUCUUCAAGAAAGGGAGGAAAGUGGAUCUGGCUAACUAUAGGCCCAUCAGCCUGACUUCUAUCCCGGGGAAGAUCUUAGAAACGUUUAUUAAAGAGGCCAUCCUUAAUGGACUGGCCAACGCCAACAUCCUGAGGGAUAGCCAGCACGGGUUUGUCGCGGGUAGGUCUUGCUUGACCAAUCUCAUUUCCUUCUACGACCAGGUGACCUAUCACCUGGACAAGGGAGAAGAGAUUGAUGUCAUAUAUCUUGACUUCAAAAAAGCCUUCAAUCUGGUAUCCCAUGAUCACCUCUUGGUGAAACUGGCCAAUUGUCACCUUGGGUCCUCCACGAUCCACUGGCUGGAAAAUUGGCUCCGUGGUCGGACCCAGAGGGUAGUAAUUGAUGGAAGUCACUCAUCGUGGUGUCCUGUGACCAGUGGGGUCCCCCAAGGCUCUGUCCUUGGACCCAUACUGUUCAACAUCUUCAUUAAUGAUGUGGACACUGGAGUCAGAAGCGGACUGGCCAAGUUCGCCGAUGACACCAAACUUUGGGGCAAAGCAUCCACACCAGAAGACAGGCGGAUGAUCCAGGCUGACCUGGACAGGCUCAGCAAGCGGGCGGACGAGAAUCUGAUGGUGUUCAACGCCGAUAAAUGCAAAGUUCUCCACCUUGGGAAGAAAAACCCGCAGCAUCCUUAUAGGCUCGGCAGUGCUACGCCGGCUAGCACUAUGGAAGAAAGAGACUUUGGGGUCAUCAUUGACCACAAGAUGAACAUGAGCCUGCAAUGCGAUGCUGCAGCUAGUAAAGUGACCAAAACACUGGCUUGCAUCCAUAGAUGCUUCUCAAGCAAAUCCCGGGCCGUCAUUCUCCUCUUGUACUCGGCCUUGGUGAGGCCGCAGCUGGAGUACUGCAUCCAGUUUUGGGCUUCACAAUUCGAAAAGGAUGUGGAGAAGCUUGAGAGAGUCCAGAGAAGAGCCACGCGCAUGAUCAGAGGUCAGGGAAGCAGACCCUACAAUGACAGGCUGAGAGCCCUGGGGCUCUUUAGCCUGGAAAAGCGCAGGCUCAGGGGUGAUCUGAUGGCCACCUACAAGUUUAUCAGGGGUGACCACCAGGAUCUGGGGGCAAGUUUGUUCAUCAGAGCGCCCCAAGGGAUGAUGACUAGGUCAAACGGUCAUAAACUACUACAAGACUGUUUCAGGCUGGACAUAAGGAAGAAUUUCUUUACUGUCCAAGCCCUCAAGGUCUGGAACAGCCUGCCACCAGAGGUGGUUCAAGUGCCUACAUGGAACACCUUCAAGAGCAAACUGGAUGCUUAUCUUGCUGGGAUCCUAUGACCCCAGCUGAGUUCCUGCCCUUUGGGCAGGGGGCUGGACUCGAUGAUCUUCCGAGGUCCCUUCCAGCCCUAAUGUCUAUGAAAUCUAUGAAAUUAGCUUAUGGUCCCUAAUAAUUGAGCUGAUGGAGGCCAAUUGCACUAACAUCCUCCCUUGGAGGAUCUGUACCCUAAACUCAGUUCAACGCUGAAGGGACAGAAAAGUACGUUCUCUUAAUGCCACGUGAAAUUGGUACUGAGGCCUGACUUUGCACUGCACUGCACGUUAAAACCAGCAGGCACUCACCCAGCAAAAAACGCACAAAAUGUCCCUGCUCACUCACCACUAUUCUUACAGUGUGACUAGCCUUCAACUGAAAGGAAGUAUUAUCAAUUGGAAAAAGACAAGCACUGGAAAAAAGGGGUGUCUUAAGUUUGUUUCUCUCAUAGUAGUUUCGUGUGUGUGUGUGUGUGUGUGUGUGUGUAUGUGAGUGAAUUUUCAUAAUCAACACAAAACCAAUCGGCACCUCUUUGAUUCUUAAGAGGAUGAAACAUCAGCUGCUGACACUGAAACACUGCUUUGGGUGAGGAUAGUCUAGUCACAGAUAGCACACCGGUUGGUAACCUCAGAUGACUCCAGCUGUCUUGACACUUGUAGAAGACCGGAGCACAGUGUUCCUCUAUAGGAAAAGCCAUGGGAAGUAGAGAUGUUAGAUCCCAUGCGAGACAAAACAAGUGGGAACAGCUCUUGGAUUAACCUGUUCUUCUACGCCAAGCCCUCAGUUUUAGAGGUUUUGUACAUAUAAAAUGAAAGAGAAUAAGGGGGAGGGGAGAAAGGACUAAACUAUUUGUUGGAGUUUUUAAAAUGGGGGAAAAAGUUCCUGCUUUUUUACAGAGCAGCAAGUGGGCUGUUUCCAGGGGGCAUCACUAGGGGAAAUGGGGCCCUAGAAGGAAUAUGGCACGCUUGAACUCCCAUUUUAGUCCAUAGGAAUGAGGAUUGAAGGGCUGAGCCUUAAGUAACCCAUGCUCAUGAGGUCUGCUGUGGUUGUGUCUUGCUAGUGUUAAGUUUGAGUGAAAAAUACAUUCCUCCUCGCUGCUGUCAUAGGCCACCAUAUUCAGGAAGAAGCUGCCUUCCCAGAGCCCCCCACAGGAUGGCUUUUGUUCUGUUAGCAUGCCAUAUCCUGAAAUACUUACCAAGAGCAUGACAGUGAUUUUAAUUGCACAUGAUCAUUCAAAAUAAAUAGCACUUAUUUUUUUUUAUCCUGAUAUUUUCAUUAAAUAAAUGAAAGGACACUAUCAGAAGAAACUUACAAAAAGUACUAUGUGCAAUAGGAACAUUUCCAGGAUUCCCUCUGCAUUACAGUAGAAAGUGUUUUUUAAAUGUAUUCUUCUAGGGAGUUUGCAACCCAAACAGUACAAUUUCAUACCAGUGUGGGAGAAUCCAAAAGUAAAACUGAUAGUAAACCAAAGGGGGAGCAGAUUAGUCUUUCUGUACUCAAAUAAAAUUUGGAAGGUAACUUUAAUCACAGGGGUGUUUUAACACAGUGAAGGGUGUUAAUAGCACAGGUUAGGGGAACUUCUUUGUAGGCUUACGGACUUCUUAAUAAAUAAGAGCUUUGCCUCACCCUGUAUGGUGAGGUGUCAAGUAAAAAAAAAAACAAAGCAACAACCCUUCAAAGCUCCACUUGGCUAAUAGUCCCACAGGCAAGUGUGGUUAAGGCACUCCAGUGUUUGUAGCUGUAGCACACAAGGGAGUGAUGUAGCUGGCGUAGCAACUGGCUGCACAUUUGACUCCCUGUUGCUGUUGACCAGGUGCCCAUUCAGAGUUGGGUCAACUCCGGACAGUCUGGCUUGAAUCACAAGCAAAGUGCAAGUCCGUGCCUCUGGAGCUGUAGCAAGAUGCCUUAACUGCUCUUUCACUGUUGCCCAUCCUACCAACUUCCCAUGCCUCCACUACUUAAUGGGAGAAUGCUGCAAAGCAGGCUUGUCCAACAUAUGGCCCGCGGGCCACCAUGCGGCCCUCCAAGCUGUUUCCUGAGGCCUGAGGUGCUGCGACAGGAAACUAAAGUAAACACUGUACUUUUGUUUUUGGGGGGGGGGGGGGAUACCGCUUCCUGUGAGGUCUUUGAAUAUGGCUCGCCAGCCCACUGGGUGAUAAAAAGUUCAUGAUUCGGCCCCACGUUCAAAAAGGUUGGACACCCCUGCUGCAAAGGAUUCAGUCUUCAGGGUUUAUGCCCUUUCCAAUGAGGUGCACAGGACAAGAAGAAAUACAAACCGAAGGAGUGGUGUUCUUCCUUUGUGUGGGGUUGUUGCUCGGGUAGGGCCCUGCAGAUCUGAGAGGAAGUAGCGUUCCCCAAUGGGAAGCCUGCAGUGUAGAAGAUGGUUGACUUCGUGAGAAUCCUCUCGCACUUCUCCCUUGGGCAUCCGCCUGGGUUUUCCUCAUAAAAAAUUCCCUGGCUUAGUGCGACUUUUAGGCCCCUGGAGCUGUGAUUUGGCCUAAUGGUGCUGGGAGCAAUCAAAGAGUAAAGGUUAUAUAUGUUUUACCAUUUUAGCAGGAGAUAAAGCAAGUUGUCCCCAGCAGGGGGGGAAUUUGUGUCAAUUUGAGGUGGGAGUGGAUGAGGACAACAAGAUCAGUUAUAGGAAAUAAGCUAGGCUGUAAGUACAAAAGAGACCACACCUAAGAAAAUGGUGGGGAGGGUCAGGAGUUGACGCAGUUUGGUGCUGUACACGAUGCUGCAGGUGACUCAUGCUUUCCCAUGCAAAUGCCUACAGUGGUUAGUAGUUUGAUCCAAUUCUCACAGAAGCUUUAGCUCUGCAAUAGAAGGACAUGGUCACACAGCAAAGUAAAAGCAAAGUUCAGAUUGUCUUGCCAAUCUGUUUUUGACAGCACCUGGGACCACUAAACUAAUCUUUUAAGUCUCUUUGGCUUUUUGAUGGCAGUGAUGUGUAUUUACACUUUUACUGCCCUGUACUGUCUGGCCAGUGGAACCAGUCUUCCAUUUCACUUCCUGGUUCUCAGUAUGUGAUGCAAUAAAUUCUAUUCCCCCACAAAAGGGAACUGCGGGUUUAAAUUAGUUCGAUGAAAGCAUUUGUUUGCCUGGGACCUUGCCAUUAGAAUCUUUCAGCUUACUUUGAAAUGUGUAUGAUGUACAGAAAGACUUCGUAGGGCUGGCUUCAUUUUAGGGAGUAUACUUAUAUAGGAAGUGAGGCACCUUCCUACCUGUCAGAACCUCCAUUGAUUAUCCUGCUCAUCUCUGACCAGAGCGUGGUAGUCUCCCAGAUGUCUCUUCGGGGAGCUCUGUCCUACAGUGCUUCUAACUUGGCUUUCUGCAUCAUUUUUAAGAGGUUACCUAUGGUGUUUGCAUGGAGUGGGCGUGUCUUGAAUUAAACUGACGCCCCUCUAUUUAUCACACGCUUUAAGCCGUGCUUAUGCUUCUGUCUGAGGGUGAGCCAGGAGAGGGGCAAUCUUAUUCUGCUGAAAAUGUUUUGGGGUUUUUUUUUUCCAACUUUAUAUGUAAGAGUUUGAACAAAACACAAGGUGGAACUGUCUGUGGAGCAGACACCUUAUGAUGCAGUGGGUAGACUGCAAGUAGUUGCAGAUGCAAACCCAAGGGGAGCUUGGUUGCCUUCAAUACAUUAAUCUUUUUUGUUUCUCUCCUGUUCUUUUUUCCUCUGUGUUGCACCACUAUGGAAUUAUUUGCAGAAUGGUACUCAUGUGGGAUUGACAAACAAAUAAAAAACUGUAAUUGAUACUGUGCAGGAUGUCACUUCAAUCAGUUUUAUUUUGCUUUAUAUAUAUAUAUAUUUUUCCUGGUAUCCUGUACAUUGCAGUGGGUGUGAAGAUAGUAUUUUAAUAUUUGUACAAAGUUUAAUUUAAUUUUAAUUGUUCUAUGUAUAUAACUGCAUUUCUAAAUUAAAAAAAGUUCUUUUGAAGUGAA